AUAUUAUUUCACAUGCGCUACCAGACACAAGUGUGUAUGUGUUAGUGUGUGUGGUAACAACAGUUCCAUUGCAGGAAAUGGAGGGGUCUGACCAGCAGUGCUUAUGAACAGUGAACACCAACAAGAAUGGGGACUGGUACAAGACUUCUUCUUUUAAUUGCACUUGGCUCUGCUGCUGUUUCCAAUGUACUUCUCCAAAUGCACAAGCUUGAUAUUGUUGAUAAACCUGGAGCUGCUAAGCCUAUCAGUACAAACAAUACAGGGGUUCAGACAGCAGCGAAGACAGCCACCUAUGAAUUUAACAACAGAUCAAAUGACAUAUUCCUGUUCAAAGUAUCUGCUAUUGAUGAUGCAAAGGUUCAGGUUGUUAAAGGAAUAAAAUACAUCCUGGAAGUAAAGAUCACACGCACCGUGUGUCGCAAAACAGGAAACCCUGACCUGGAAAACUGUCAGUUUCAACCAGAUGGGAAACUAAAGCAGAUAUUCAAAUGCCAUUUUGAGGUCUGCUCCAUUCCUUGGUUGCACUGGAUGAAAACAACUGCUCUAAACUGUCAGUAAAUGGAUGCUCUGUGGAUAUGCCUGCCUUCAUGAAUAUCACUUGUAAACUGUUUUUUGUACAAGCAAUACUGUGACACUGUAAACCACUUAGCUUUCAGUAGUUUGCAAUUUUCACUGUUCAUUUGCCCACGCAAAACUCAAAACCAUCCUUUUUUUUUUUUUUUUUUUUUUUUUUUUUAUUUUACUGGCAAAUAUUUACUUUCUGAUGUCAGUGACUUUUCUAUUGUAGUUGCUAAAAUACAGUGCAUAUAUAGCCAUUGUCUGUGAAUCUGACUAUUAUAAAAUAAAACAUUUCCCACUGUUCUAAAAAUACAUUUAAUUCAAUUACACUUGAUGUUUUGUCAUUAGAACUGUGGGGGUUUAACUAAUUGGUCAAGUAUAGCUUGAGCUCAUUACAGGUACACUUUAAAAUGUAUUGCUCAGUAUUUAUCCAAAUGAAAAAGCAUCACAUCAGAUUAAUGGGUCUAACAUUAGAUGAUACAAAGGCUAGUUACAGAGACAUGUGGACAGUUAUGUUGGCAGGGGUGAUGCACAGUAUAUGUGCCAUACAGCAAAGGGGCAAAUAGCAACAGGAGACGAGGGAAUAACACAGUUGCCUCAUUAUGACAGCUCAUUACAUUUGCAAAAAGUCCUGUUCAAAUACAGUUUCAAAGCUGAACACAUACAAGACAAAAGGACAUUUGUCCAGCCAGAAGGAAUAGGCUCAGCAUUUGGUUUGGUCAAAAGGCUAAAGAACAAAUGGUCUAUCUGUGCUCUGGGCAGGCAAACAUUAAAAGAUUUCCACAGCAAAAAGCCAAGAGUAGGAGAUGGG